AUGGCACUGCCCAUCGAAGGUGGAACCUGGGCUGAGCCCGGGGCGUGCCUGGGCUUGAUGCCGGUCUUGGCCGACCACAGGCUCCCCAAGUCUGCCACCCUGCUGCACAGCUCCGCCAACCCACGCAUGGACCUCGUCCUCUUGCUCACCAAGGAUGAGGCCGCCGCUGCGGCCACCACAGCUGCGGGCGCAUCCGCCAACAGGGGAAUGUCGGCCGCACAGCGAGCCCUGAUGCAGCGCAUGAUGGCAAAGCGAGCCGGCCAGGCCGCCGGCCCCGCCACCGCACCCGAACCGACCAGGGGACCCAAGAUCAACAUGGAGCUCUGGAGGCUCGGCGACGACAGCUCCUGCGUGUGGGAGGUGCCCCUCACCGCAGAGCGGCUCCUCGACCCCGAACCGGGCAGCGCGGCCGCCAAAGCAGCGGAGCAGGAGCUCGAGGACCUCUGCGUCCACGACAUCGGCUGGAGCCCGGACGGCGAUCGGCUGGCCGCCCUCUUCUCGGUACGACGCCUGAAAACCGCUGCGGCGGCGUCCGAGCCAAGCGGACGCUAUGUCACGCUCGUCAGGACCUUCUCGGUCCACGACGGACGCCUCUGCAGCACCGCCCUGCUGCACCCCGUCCGAGACAUUCGCACCAAGAGGGAUGCCGAGAGGUUCAAGGCGCCGCACCAGCUCAGCUGGCAUCCCCUCGAUCCGCCUGCGGAGGCAACGGAGGCGGCCAAGAAGGGGCAGACCGCAUCGGCCACUGCCGCAAAGCAGCUGGCCAAGUUCGACCCGCUGCCGCCCGUACCGAGCGCCGACGAGUUCGCCUCGGGAUCUUCGACAGCCAACCUCAUGCCGCACCAGCUGCGUAUGAUGCAGAUGAGCGGGGCACAGAAGCCGCAGCCCAGCUUUGAGCUGCCGAGCUCGAUGCGCGCGUCGGGUCGCGGACCCCUUGCGUCCUAUCCGUGGCUCUUCAAGGACGGCACUGAGCUGGGCCUGGUGGAACGCAGCGACCGUGGCAGCGGCAGCGGCAGCGGCACCGGGCCCAGCCCCCGACCGGCCGACGGCGCCAACAGAGAUACGGCAGCGUCUGACCUCGCUGCCACCUCCAUCCUGUGCGUGGCCAACUCCAAGACCAGCCGGAUCCAUCUUCUGCUCGACGCCUCCAUCCACCUCGGCUCGUUCGCCGCGUGCCCCGCCUACCGCAACGACAAUCUCCCGCACAGGUAUACCACCUCGCACAUCACCACGCACGUGCCUCGCAACCUCUCGACCGUCAUCGUGGGCUUCACCCUUGAUAGAAUUGCGGGACCGAAAGAGUCCAAGCUUUCCGGCGAGCAUGUCGUCAGCCUGCGGGCAACGGAGGCCAAGCUGCCGAUCAAGCAGAGCGGCAAGGCGCACCCCAAGUCGUCGGCCCACCUCAUGAACAAGCUCUCCCGCCUCGGUCACCUCCUCGGCAUCUACGCAGGCUACUCGCUCGACGUGGCCGCCAUCAUCCAGCAGAUCUGGAGCCGCGAGAUACAGCAGGGCGUCAUCGACGAGUGGACCAAGCUGACAAAGGAGCUCCAGGUCAAGUUCGGCUGCGACUACAAGUACGAGCUGCUCAACUCGCUCCUCACCGGCAAGGCCAGCCCGGCCGUCGAGACGCUGCUGCUGGCCAACCUCACCGAGGGCCUUCUGACCCGCUUCGAGCAGACGGCAUUCGCCGCGUUCGACCGGCUCAAGCAGCUGCUCCACGUCAGCCUGCGCCCGGCGCUCGAGCGUAUCCUCAUCUGCCUCAAAGAGUGGCAGGGUCUCUACCGCUACUUCCGCCUCUACAACUUUGGCGGUUUGGAGGACGACGCGCCACAGCGCGAGUCUUCCAAUUCAGGCAGCACCCCUAGCUACGGUUAUACUCAGACCUGUUCGGAAUCCAGCUCAAACGAGGAGCCUGCGCUCGAAGCAAAAAGGCCGGACAAGUCGAACCGGCUGCCCAACAAGUUCAUCAGGGUCAUCCAGGAGUGCCUCGAUACCUGCCUGUCGCUCGCCGAGCUGAUCGACAUCGAGUCGGUCACCGUCGAGGAGUUUUUCCGCUAUUGUCGCUAUGAAAAGGAGCGGCAGGAACGCCUGAAGCAAGACCAGCAAGAGCCCAGGCUCGCCAUCAACUACGACGUGACGACCGUCGCCCGUUUCCUCGAACGCGGCUUCGAGCCUCCGGGCAUCAAGCGGCUGCUGGGCUCCACCCCUCUUGCCAGUGAAAUACCUGCUCCGGACUCUGCGGCUGCAGCUGGUGAUGCUACUGCGACGGAUCUGGCACAGCAGGAGGUCGUGGUCAUCGACGAUAGCGACGACGACGACGAUCUGGGCGAUAGCGAGUUCGACGAACUCGAGGGUGGGAACAGCGUGCUGGACGUGGAUGACGACAUGGACGACGUCGAGCAGCGGGCAGACGCCGGCGAGGAUGCCGAAGUGGUCGAGUCGAGCGCCCUCGAGGCCAUGCUGGCCCAGGCCCGCGCCCAUCUCAAGAAGAUCGAGGCGCUGGUGGAAGCGGCGGGGGCCAAGGAAGGAGGAGCAGGGGCCAAGGGCAAAAAGGGCAAAGGCAAAGCUCCGGCCAAGCGCGCGGCGGCACCAGCACCUCCUCCACCGCCUCCGGCUCCCAAGCGGCCCAGAGGCAGGGAACGCGUCUCGCAAGCCCCUGCCUUUGUCAGCAAGCCUCCGUCGGCGAUGGCCGCACCCUCGCCUCCUCCACAGGUUGCAAGCGGCUCUCGAGACACCUCGAAGCGUGCCGGCGGCUCGACUCGAAAGACGGGUCUGUCGACGACGUCGCCCACCUCGCCUGGCCUGCUGGACGUGCUGGCGACCGUGGUCAGGCAGAUGGGCCAGGUGCUCGGCGACGUCCUGGCCGAAAGCCUGUCCAACGUCAAGAUCAAGUCGACCUACACUGCAUCCACGCGGGUGUUUCACGGCAAGAUCCCAAUCGAAGACGAAGCCAAAGGCCCGAUCCCGAAGCGCCCCCUCACCGCUUGUGACGCCAUCGAGUCGCUUGCCAGCGUCCCGGCGCAGCAGCCCGAGCCUGCUCCGAGGCUCCUCAAGGUGGCCAGCGCGCAUGGACAGGACCGCGUCAACAGCAAGGACUUCACCGAAUACUUUGUGGCGACCUGCACCCGGGCGAGCUACGGCUUGAAUCCCGCCGGCAGCGAUGGCGCGGUCGCUGCUGGCGACAAUCAGCCCGAGUUUGACCGCCUCAUCGUAUGGGCCUGGACGCCCAAGAUGCGCACGAUUGAGCAUCAGUACCUCAUGUUCGGCUUCAGAUCGGCCCAUGUCUUCCAAGGGCAGGCCCAGGGCGCGACGAUCCUCGACUAUGCCUACUAUGAUCAUCGUGAGCUGGUGCUCCUCGUCCGCCUUCCCCUGUCUGGCGCCGCUGCCCAACCCGCCAGUGCCGCCGCAUCCUCUGCUUCUGCAAGCGGCGCCGGCCGCGGUCGCGGCAGGAAGCGCAAGACGCGGGCGUCCGACGCCAACGGCGGCAGCACCGACGACGGCGGUGGCGGCGGCGAUGACGACGACACCGCCGCCGCGCGCUACUUUAUCGCCACCUUCUGGCAGGAUGAGCACGUGCGGGGUCUCCUCUUCGAAGAAGAUUAUCAUCCGCUCGAGGAUGUGCCUCUACAGCUGGAGCGCGUCACAGAGCUCCCGACGGGCUUCCGCGCUGCCAGCAUGUCGAUGAGCGAACGCAAAAAGACGGUCGCCGUCGUCAACCGCCAGCGCAACCGCAUCGUCUACGUCGACCUGACGCGCGACUGGCAGCCCGCCCCCAUACAAACCGAACACCAGGUGGGCCGCAGAGGAUGA